AUGGACCAGCCGGGGGCCCUCCAGCUGGCUGGUCUGCAGGCGCAGCCUGGCUCCGACAUCCAGAAGGGAGGCCCCGCCCACGUGCGCAGCGCGGGAAGCCCCUAUGGGCCUCGGCUGACCCCGCUCAGGCCCCAGGUCCCGCCGCACUGCUCUGACCCCAUUCCAGGGUCAUGGCCCCACGCCCAGGGUGGCCUCGGGAGCCCUCGCUCCGUGCCUGCUGAUGGGAGGGGCCCCCCGCGAUAUCAGCAGAUCAGGGCCGUUGCCGACUCCGAGGGGCCUUCCCGGCAGGACCGACAGGACCCAGCGUGCACUGGACAGCUGGUGCCCCGCCCCUCGCCCCUGGAACCGGCGAACAUGCCAGCUCCUGGUGCGCCCAGUCCGGAGCCACCCCGAGUCUUGGCGUUUCUCGGGGCCUCUGGGAAGUCUCUUCCAGCCGCCCUCACGCGCCGUCUCUGUCUCCCAGGCAACGGCAGCACGCUGCCGGCCAACGGCACCGCUUCCUGCCCCCUGCAGUUCGAGGAGAGCAGGCUGUGCCUGGUGGCGGUCUACAGCGGGGUGUGCGCGCUGGGGCUGCCGGCCAACUGCCUGACGGCCGGGCUGACGCUGCUGCAGGCGCUGCAGGGCAGCGUGCUGGCCGUCUACCUGUUCUGCCUGGCGCUCUGCGAGCUGCUCUACACCAGCACCCUGCCGCUCUGGGUGGUCUACGUGCAGAACGGGCACCGCUGGACCCUGGGGCGCGGGGCCUGCCGGGCGACUGCCUACAUCUUCUUCUGCAACCUGUACGUCAGCAUCCUCUUCCUGUGCUGCGUCUCCUGCGACCGCUACGUGGCCGUGGUCUACGCGCUGGAGAGCCGCGGCCGCCGCCGCCAGCGGACCGCCGUGCUGGUGUCCGCCUCCGUCUUCCUGCUCGUGGGGCUGGCCCACUACCCGGUGUUCACCAUGGAGCUCCAGGAGCACAGCUGCUUCGAGGUCUCGUCCAUGGACGGCACGGUGGCCGGCUACUUCUACUCGCGGUUCGCCGUGGGGUUCGCCCUGCCGCUGGCCAUCAUCGCCUUCACCAACCACCGCAUCUUCAGGGGCAUCAAGCGGAGCGCCGGCCUGGGCGCCGCCCAGAAGGCCCGGGUGAGGCGCACGGUCACCGCGGUCGUGGUCAUCUUCCUGGCCUGCUUCGCGCCCUACCACCUGGUGCUGCUGGUCAAGGCUGCCGCCUUCUCCUACCACGGGGGCGCGAGCGACCCCACGGACACCUUGGAGUGCCAGCUGUACACGCCCACCGUGGUGUGCCUGUGCCUGGCCACGGUGAACAGCGUGGCCGACCCCAUCAUCUACGUGCUGGCCACAGACAGCUCACGGCAGGAGGUGUCCAGAAUCUGCAGCAGGUGGCAGAAGUGGCCCACCAGGACGGAGGUCACCAAGAGCUCGUGGUCGAAGGACUCGGAGGAGGCACGGUCGCCCACGUUGCUCGUGGACAGCUGCCCGUUCCCCAGGCCUCUCCAGCCCCCCGGGUCACAGCCGGGCACAUGGGCCUCGCCUGGCGCCCCGGAGCGGCUGGGCGAGGAGUCCUGCUGAGCCCCGUGUCCCGCGGGGCAGGCGGACCGGCGGGGGAGCCCGGGCCUGCUGCGUG